AUGUGUCAGCAGAGAUUUGAGUGGUUCUUAAAAGAACGUAGUGAGAUUCACAAGGACAUCGAAGCAUUUUUGUUGAUGGUUUUGGAGUAUUGUUUGAAGAUGGAAGAACUGGCAAAAAAACGUUAUACAAUAAACGUGUAUGCUGAUAAAAUGAGUGAUAAUUUAAUUUCAUUGUUGAAAUCGUUGUGUUUCAUACACGCUCUGUAUGGCUACCCCCAGGCGAACUCCGAUGAAACAG